UGGAGGCAAAAAGAGUUUGCUGACCUUAUUCAUGUGUUGGAGAUGGAGAUGUCAGAGCCAUUAAUGCAAGCCCACGAUUUGGAUGUAAAUUGGUUGAAGAAUGGGGACUAAAUGGUAAUUGGACCCAAAAAAUGGGGGUAAAUCAGGCAAGUAAAAUUAAUGGGUCUGCCAAGCGGGAACAAUUGGGAUUUAAAUGACGAGAAUAUUGCAGCCUAACAGCGGGCAUCAAUAACGGGCUACACAAAAGUUUAUGUGUGUCUUUAAAUGUCUUUAAAAUCACAUAAUUCUUACAAAAGAUGGGAUCCAUAUAAAAAACCCAUGUACUCCAAUAAUCAAUUUGAGACCACAACCAUCUAAGUACCACUCUUGAAUUUUUCAAGAAAAAAAGAAUAGAAAGAUAUACCAAAAGGGAAAGCGCAGCAACCACGCGUCAGCCAAUCAGCUCACGCCAAACAAGAGGAGGGAAUAUACCGCGACGUAGUACUUUCCCUCUCCACUCAAAAUCAUUACCCCUCCAAAUAUAUCAUCUUAUCAAUCAGACCUCUUAAUAACCCCCUCCCCCCCUCCCCACCCUCUUCUCCCCGACCCAAAUGGACCAGCCAUGAACUCUACCCACACUCUCAGCCGUCACUUUGUUGCGCCGCCUCCGCCUUCCUCCACCUCCCUUUUCGCCUCCGCCACCGCUGCCCCUUCGACCACCGCCAAACCUUCUUCCCUUCGCGUUCACACCGCCAAAAACUCCUCCAACACCCCUCUUUCUUCCACCACCGCGAGCAACAAGGUUUCAAAUUCUCAAGAUCAGGUGCUCCUCACACUCCUUCAACAAAGGAAAACUGAGGAAGCCUGGUUAUUGUACGCGCAAUGCGCCCAACUCCCAAAUCCUACCUGCCUUAGCCGCCUGGUUUCACAAUUGUCCUACCUAAACACAGCGGAAGGCUUGACGAGAGCUCAGUCCAUUAUCCAGCGCCUCCGGCGCGAGGGCCAGCUCCACCGUCUCGAUGCCAACUCCCUCGGCCUUCUCGCGGUGGCGGCCGCAAAAGGCGGCCAUACUCUUUAUGCCACAUCAAUUGUCAAGUCCAUGCUUAAGUCGGGUUAUCUCCCCCAUGUGAAGGCGUGGAGUGCUGUUACAAGUAGACUCGCUGCUUCGGGUGAUGAUGGACCAGUUGAGGCGAUUAAGCUUUUCAAUUCCGUAACGAGAAGGGUCCGAAGAUUUGCGGAUUCUGAGGUAGUUAAGGACUCGAGGCCAGAUACAGGUGCUUACAACGCUGUGCUCAAUGCUUGUGCCAAUCUUGGUGAUAUGAAGAAAUUUCUGCAACUGUUUGAUGAAAUGCCUGAGUUCGGGUGUGAACCGGAUGCAUUGACAUAUAAUGUGAUGAUUAAAUUAUGUGCGAGGGUUGAGAGGAAGGAUUUGCUCGUGUUUGUUCUAGAAAGGAUAAUUGAGAAAGGGGUUGCAAUGUGUAAGACAACAAUGCACUCAUUGGUUGCGGCCUAUGUUGGUUUUGGCGACUUAGAGACUGCUGAGAAACUGGUUCAGGCAAUGAGAGAAGGGAGGAGAGACAUUUGCAGGGUUUUGAGGGAAUCAUGCUUGGAGGAUAGAUACUCCGAUGAUGAGAACGAAGUGGGGAAUGGAAGUGAUGCAUUUGUGAAAUUACUACCCAAUUCAAUUGAUUUGAGUAGCGAGCCCCCGGAAUUGCCUCAGGCAGUUCCACCAGACUCAAGAAUCUACACGACCUUGAUGAAAGGUUAUAUGAAGGCUGGUCGUGUUUCCGACACCGUGAGGAUGCUUGAGGCCAUGAGGCACCAAAAAGACAGUAUUAGCCAUCCAGACCAUGUGACUUACACCACAGUUAUAUCUGCAUUUGUAAAGGCUGGAUCAAUGGAUAAGGCCCGGCAAGUGCUCAAGGAGAUGGCUAGAAUUCGCGUUCCUGCCAAUUUGAUCACAUAUAAUAUUCUUCUGAAAGGGUAUUGCCACCAACUGCAGAUUGAUAAGGCGGAGGAUCUCAUCAGGGAAAUGAUCAAUGAGGGAAUUGAACCAGAUGUGGUUUCUUAUAACACAUUGAUUGAUGGAUGUAUACUUGUUGAUGACAGCGCAGGAGCUCUAACAUACUUCAAUGAGAUGCGGAAGAGAGGCAUUGCUCCCACGAAAGUAAGUUAUACCACUUUGAUGAAAGCAUUUGCUUCAUCUGGACAGCCGAAAUUGGCUAACAAGGUGUUUGAUGAGAUGCUCAAAGAUCCUAGAGUGAAAGUCGAUUUGGUUGCCUGGAAUAUGCUGGUUGAAGGCUAUUGUAAACUUGGGCUGGUUGAUGAAGCAAAGAGCAUAAUUCAGAGGAUGAAAGAAAUGGGAGUUUACCCGAAUGUGGCCACCUAUGGAAGUCUUGCAAAUGGGAUAGCAUUGGCUAGAAAACCAGGGGAAGCUCUUCUACUCUGGAAUGAAAUAAAGGAGAGGUGUGGGAUUGAAAAUGGACGAGAAGAAUCUAGUUGUUCAUCCACUCUCCCGCCUCUAAAACCUGAUGAAGGACUUUUAGAUGCUCUGGCUGAUAUUUGUGUCAGGGCCGCUUUCUUUAGGAAAGCUUUGGAGAUUGUUGCUUGUAUGGAGGAGAACGGGAUGGCUCCAAACAAGACCAAGUAUAAGAGAAUCUAUGUAGAGAUGCAUUCAAGAAUGUUUACCAGUAAGCAUGCAUCGAGGGCGAGACAGGAUAGAAGAAGGGAAAGGAAGAGAGCGGCAGAGGCUUUCAAGUUUUGGUUGGGACUGCCCAACUCCUACUAUGGAAGUGAAUGGCGGCUCGACCCUGCAGAUGAAUAUGAUUAAAGAAUUUCAUUAACCAUUAUGUAUUUGGUCCUUUCAUCUAUAGAUUGUUUCCCAAAAAUUUGUAGUCAACAGGUAAACAUCGUAGAGUAAAUUGGAAACAUGUUCCAAAGCACAGUUGGAACGGUUAGCCAAGA